UAGGCAGGCGUGGAUACGAGCGACCUCCUCAAUAUGGUGGCCCGGCGAAGCCGUCGCGUCACUUCCGCCCUCCCGAAAUAUAUAAGGAUCAGGAUUUCCGCUUUCGCUCUUUUCCGGCGGUGAAGAUCUCCCCGUGCUAACAUGCCUCUCGCGAAAGAUCUCCUGCACCCCUCUCCCGAGGAGGAGAAGCGGAAACACAAGAAGAAGCGUCUGGUGCAGAGUCCGAACUCGUAUUUCAUGGAUGUAAAGUGCCCGGGCUGCUAUAAAAUCACCACUGUCUUCAGCCACGCACAAACGGUGGUUCUCUGUGUCGGAUGCUCCACUGUACUUUGUCAGCCUACAGGAGGAAAGGCAAGACUUACAGAAGGAUGCUCCUUCAGAAGGAAGCAGCACUAAUGACUUAAUCAAGAUGAAUGAGGAAGUGUAAAGAAUAAAACAAAUUUGGUACA